CCCGAGCUCCGAUCGUCAGUGGGCAUGCGCCUGCUGCUCUGACCGGUGGUGGAGCAUGCGCAGUACAAAAGCGUUCUGGGAGGUUCCCGGUUGCUGGGUCCGUUCGCUUUUUUCUGGGAAGAAAUUCGUUUCUGAGGUGCUGCAUAUUUUCUUUGCUGCCUCCUGCUGUUGUCCACUUCUGCUUUCACCAUGGUAAAGAAGAAUAGUAUCCCUGUUGGAUGGCGGAAUGUAUUACCAAUUGGACAACCUAUAGCAGGAACUCGGUUUAUUCCUUUCAAAGCACCUUUGAAGGGGGAAAUCAACCAGCGACUGACACCAACUCAGAAGUUUACUCCAAAAGAUCUGAUGACUGCAGUAAAAGCUCUAAAUAUGGAGCUUGGCUUAAUUAUAGAUUUAACAUAUACAACAAGAUACUAUCAUGUUAAGGAUUUGCCUAAAAAUGUGGUGUAUAAGAAACUUUAUACUAUUGGAUUUGAAGUCCCAGAUGAUCCUACUAUUCUACAAUUCAAAAAAUGGGUUAGAAAGUUCCUAUGGGAAAAUGCAGAAAAUGUGAAACUCAUUGGAGUACACUGUACUAAUGGAAUUAAUAGAACAGGUUAUCUUAUAUGUAGAUACCUUAUUGAUGUUGAAGGCUGGGAUCCAGAAAUAGCAAUCCAAGCUUUUGGGGAGGCUCGUGGUCACCAUAUCGAUGGAAAAAUAUAUCUGGCAGAUCUCAAAACUCAGCCAAUGAGAAGCAAUCUGGGAAUGAAUUUGUGGGAUGCUGAUGGAGAUAUUGUGCCACCACCAAAUGAUAUGGAUGGACGUAUUGAUAGAUUCCCAAAUGAAGAAUAUCCUAGGCCUGGGAAAAGAGUAAGAGUUUUUGACUACAGCCACAAUGAAUUACCAGAACAGGUUCAAUUGAGAGAGUUUGAUUUCAUUAACAAAGGCCCUGGACAACGACGAAAACCAUAUCAUGAUCACCAGUUUCAUGAAGAUUUGCAGCCACUAGUACAAAUGGGGCAAAGGCGUUUUACUGACCACCAGUUUUAUGAUGAUGAUUACCAAGAAGAAAUGGAGCUGAAGGAUUUAGGCUUUGCCACCAGGAGAUCAGGACACAGGUCAAGUCCUUUCCAUGAUCACCAGUUUUGUGAUGACUUUCCAGGAAGUGCACCAUCAGGAGAUCUUAUUAAUAUGGGUCGUGGUCAGAGGCAAAGACAUUUUCCUGACAUCCCCCCUCUCAAUGAUACACUGAUAGAUAUGCAGGUUAAUAGGGGCCAUGGAGAAAGACGAAGACCAUUUUACGAACAACAGUCUAAUGAUGGAUUUCAAUCAUAUGUGCAGUUAAAAGAUCCAGCUUUCCACAACAAGAGACCUAUGCAAAGAAUGAGACAUUUUCAUGAGUGUUCUCAUCAUGAUGAUAUGCAGCCACCAGUGGGAGGCUUCAAGUUUGUUAGUAGGGGCCGUGGACAAAGAAUGAUACCUUUCCUUGACCACCAGCAACACAAUGAUUUACCAAGAGAGAUGCCACUAGAAGAUUUUGACGACAGAGAUUCUGGAUCAAGACGUAGACCUCUUUAUGACAAUCGAUCUUACAAUGAUAUUGAUGAGCAAACACAAUUGAAAGAUUUUCUAAACAGCAGGCCUGAGCAAAGGAUGAGAUCUUUUAAUGGCCAUUCACCCCACGAUGAUGUGCCGCAUGAAGAAUAUUUAGAAAGAGGUCGUUCUUUUCCCUCUUAUGAGCACUUACCAGAGUCUCCUCUACUUCACAGAGAUGACAAUUACAAUAGAAAUUGCAGGCCCGGUGGCCCUGAAGAUUACAGGAGAAACUGCCCUUCUGAUGAAAUAGACAAAGGAAUGAAAACUAGAUUUGCACCAUAUCCCCCACAGCCAAUACAUCAUUCUUCAUCCACACAACAGAAAGUUAGUUCAGUUUCAUUGGAAAAUGGAAGGGAACCACAGCAUGACGUUACAAGGGAGAUGGUUCGAGGGAAAAGAUUGCCUGUAGUAACAUUUGAUUACAAUUAUGGUUUUCCUUUAGACUAUGCAUCUGAAGAGGAAGAUAGAUCACAUUAUGAUUUACCUCCAAGGGAGUGUCACGUUUGGAAAUGAACCAAGUAUGUGUGUGCAUAUAUGUUUACCCAUUUUCCUUUGUGUGUGGACCAAACCUUUUUUCAAAUUGGAGAAGUGUAUCUUUCAAAAUUACACAACUUGUAUAUGAGUAAUACUAGUGUCCACAAAUGUUUGGCUUUUUACAUUUACAUAGUGAAUACAUUUGUUAAGUGUAUGUGGAGAUAGAUGUCCAACAUGUAUAAAAUAAAAAUAGUAGGUGCCAGUAGUGAAAUUGGAAGGCCAUAGCUUAACGCACCACAGAAGCUGUGUUCUUUUCCCUUCACCUAUUAUGAAAUGUAUAUAAAAUAUUUCAGCUUAUGAAAGUUGUAAUAAAAAAAUUAAAGGCUGCACUCAAAUUUUUCUUAUAAAUUUGAAAGGAAAUACAUCUGCUGUAAAUAUGAAAAUAAAAUAGUUAUGUUA